AAAGUGCUUGCCAUGAGCGGCUGGUACCUGUCCCCUGGGAACUGCGAGAUGCACAGGGACCUCGUGUACCUGUUUGUGAUCACAGCCAAGGACCAGCGAGGCAGCAUCACCACAUCCACACUGGGCUUUUACCAUAACCGGUGUGCAGCUGGAUGGCCCCUGUGACGGAGCACACUGUGGACUGCAUGUGUGGAAAGGCGCCUGCACCUCGAGGCUGGGCUGUGAGGAGACAUUCCUGCAUAGGGGACUGUGACCUCGCCUGGUCCUCACUGGGAACCCCCUUCAUUCCUGGGUGCCAGCCCCAGUACUGGAACGAGGAGUUGCAGAUGAUGAGGGACCUGCCCAACAAGAACCAACCUGAGCAGCUGCUUCAAGAAAAAGCCAUGUUCAAGGUACCCGAAGCCCCUGGUGAGUGAGUGACAGCCUUACAGCCUCAGGCCCACCUGGCUUCUGCUGGAAGGUUUUCUUGUGCAUAGGAGGGAAGUGAUGGAAGCCGGCAGUCCUAGCCCUGUCAGGUGCCCUGAAGGCCCGAUUUGCCCUGCAAGGCCUUCUAGCCUUCUGCUUCCUGCGAGACCAUCCCAGCACCUUUUUCUGGCCUCUGAGACUUUGAGUCCUUGAGAGGAGAAGGUCCUCCCUGCUGUCUGGGCUGAGUGGCCAGGGACAUCCAGCUUCCCACCCUCCACUGACUGCCAUGGGGCCCUCCCCUGAGCACAUGGUGCCCAACCGUGGCCCUUCUAGGGCGGGGCUCAUUGACAUAGCGCUUGCAGCUUGCUGGGGCUUAAAAGCCAUUAGUGCGGUUACUAAGAGAAAUGAGGAAAAAAUAAUUGUUUUAAAAAAAAUCUCUCCUAAACUUACUGCAAACAUGCAAGAAGUAACAGCCACAAUUUCUUGGGUACUAACUUCACCAGGAAGAUUCCAAGUGCUUUAUAAGCAUUAUUUCCUAUAAUCUUUUGGACCUCUUGUAAAUGUCAGUACUUUCCGUCAUCAUCGUUGUAUAGACAAGAAACUGGGUCUGAAGUUACCUGUCCAGGUUUGCCUGGCACAUAACUGGUGGAUCCCAAACCUGCCCCAGCCCUCAUACUCCUUGGUAGCCACCAAACUCUGCGCCUCCUUAAGCAUAAGUGUUUAGUUUUUUGUAGAAAUGAUUUUCUUGCCCUUCUGUAAAUAGAAGGAAACUGAGGCAAGGGUCUCUGGCUCCCAAGGCAGGCCUGGUUGCCUCCCCCAUCUUGGUGAGCUGGGCCAGGUGGAUGUAGCCUGAGGCUUUUGGGGCGUGGCCUAUCACCCUUCCAGCCUUGGUCCCUCCCAGGUACACAGCAACUUCAGAGUGGCAGCCACAUGGGGCAUCAUGGUAGUCAGGGAGGCAUCGUCAUGGCCAUCAGCCCCAGAGAGGAGACCAAGCUGCAGAUGUUCACAUGGAGCUGCAUCAUCUUCAGCCUGGGCUUUGUUAGUGGCCACUACAAGGACUUUGCCGGGGAUGUGGCAGCCUCCAUAGCAUUCACCAGUGACCUGAAUGGUGAGCAGUCGCACAAUGCAUUGGACAUGGAGGGUCUGUACAUGCUGAACACAGCAGAGGUGGAUGACUGCGGCUACUGGGUCAGGUUCCAAGUCCUCAUCCCUGGCAUCCUGUAGUGGGACCAGGAGCAGAGUGUCAUCUGUGGCUCCACUGACUUUGCAAGAUGGCAGUGUUGCCCCCGUGUUGUCUGGAUCUGCUGGAGCACAUGUUAACUGCUCAAGACCCUGAGCAACUGCAUGCUCAGCCAUUGUGAAGAUGAGGCGGAGCUCUUCUCGGUUGAGGGCAAGGGCCUCACUGGCAAUGACAGGUGCCACUACGUUCUCUACCUGCUGAGCCCACUGCCCCUGACCUCAGCUUCCUGCCUGUGCCCCACAAGGAGCUGCCAGAGGAGUGCUCCCAUGCCAGCUUCCCCUGCACCCCUAGGCACAGGUUCUGUCGCCUGUGCCAGGAGCUGGUGGACGCCUCAUGGAGCACAGUUGAGGAGCAGCCCUGUGAGGCUGAGGCUGCAGCCAGCUGCACUCUGCUGUGGGCAUGGGCACCCUGGGUGGUUCUGGGGCUGGAUCGUUGGAGAAGCUCUGGACAGUGAAGAAGAGCUCAUUCUGGCCACACUCACUAGAGCCCCUUUCCCAUCCCCCAACCACCUGCCAUCAGGCUCCCAGAUGCAGAAUCUGGAGCUUUGUGUUGGUUGCAAGCCAGUGAGCAGUCAAACCAGUGACCCAGCUGAGCUGUGCUGUUCUGAGGAGCAUUUGGAAGUCGCUGGGUGGGUUGUGAAGGUCACAGUCCCUGAGUGUUGGUGCUGCUGGUUUUUAGUGCUUAGGAGUUGGCCAUGUUAAAUUUCCCACACCACGAGUAACCCUUUUCCAGAAGCCAGUGGCAUUCCUGUCUCUGUUGAGAGUCCUGGUCUGAAUGUGGACCCCUCUCCCCAACCUCCAUGCUCUGGCUGUCUUAUUCCUGUCUGGGGAGAUCUGGCAGCCACCACCUUGUUGCUUGGGUCUGUGAGAGCAAAGCUGAGUUCUGGUUGGGCUUGCAGCAGGAGAAGGAAUCUGACACCAUCUAUAAGGCCCAGGUGGGCUGUCACAGGGCCGGCGGGCAGAACUGCGCCUGUGGGUUGUGGUCAGCUAAUCCUUUCCUGCCUCUGUUCACUCCCCUGUUUUGGGGUGAGAACCACGAGAACGAAAGCUCUGAGAACCUCAAGUGCCUGGCCCAGCAGGCCGUGGCCCAGCAGCGCACCAUCAACGGGAGAUACCAGUCGCCUGCAGUGAGAGCAUCCUGCCCCUCCAGGUAUAUCGCUGGGAGGAGCUGGGCCCCCACCUGGCCUGGGUAGGGUGAGUCUCACUCACAGCUCAUCCUCCCCACAGCCCCUGAGUUCACAGCCCCCAGCAUGGCCAGCGUCUGGAGCAGCUCCAGGUCAUCAUUAACGCUGUCUUCAUUCUUCUCAGCUGAGGCCCCUCCAUGGCUCCCUACUUAGAAGUUGGCCUUUAGUUUUUUUAAGAUAUGUAAUAGGCUGACAUGGCUCAAAAUUGAAAAGUAGCCAGUGAUGAGAAGUUCUUUGUGAAUCCUUCCAGAAAUACUCCAUGUGAUCUCCCCCCCCCCCGCCCUUUUCUUUGGAAUUGUGGCAUGCCACGGAUGAAGGUUAUUAUUGUUUACUUAACAAUAUAUCUUGGUGGUCUUCCAUUUCAGUUCCUAAGGAGUGGCUUUAUUCUUUCCCCGGCUGCCUCUGGUUCCAGUGCAAAGUGUGCCUUAGGAGCAGGCCCUGAGGACUCCCGCAGUGCUGUCACAAGCAGUGCUGCCUUCGGGAGCCCCUAACCUCCUGCCUUUUCUCCCCUCAGUGUGGGAAAGGGGUUUGGUCAGCCAGGGGUGUCAGCAGCCCUGUCCCACACCCCUUGUCUACACCUGAUCUGGUGGCAGGGAGGCCACAGAGUGCAGCGAUUGGAACCAGGUGAGAGGGUGAGAGGCAGCCGGGCCCUAGGCCGAGUCAAGUUCAUGGAAUCCUGACUGUCAGCAGUUAGGGAUCUUUCUGCUCUGGGGAGGGAAGUACUUGUUCCACACGUCUCACCGAAUAUGGCACAGAGCCUGAUCUGUCCCAAGUGGGAGUUUAACCAAGCUAGAGGGGGCCCAGUCUGACACCUACCUCCUCUCCCACCUUCUACUCAGCCAGAAGACUAGGAGAAUCUGAAAGCAGAGGUGCUGCAGCGCCACUAGCUCCAGGAGUCCGGAAAAACAGGGAUAGGGCAUUCUGGGAGGUCGAGGUGGGUGGAUCACUUGAGCUCAAGAGUUGGAGACCAGCCUAGGAAACAUGACGAAACCCCAUCUACAAAAAGCAAAAAUUAACCUGGUGUGGUGGCGCGACCUGUAGUCCCAGCUACUCAGCAGGGGAGGAUCGCUUGAGCCUGAGAGGUCCAGGCUGCAGUGAGCCAUGAUUGUCCCACUGCACUGCAGCCUGAGUGAGAGAGUGAGACCGUGUCUCAAAAACACAGAGCUAGAGGUGGGGAGCCUAUGGCCACUGAGCCUGAGCCAGCCGGGCCAGAGGAACUGAGCUCCCAGCCCUGUGGCUGCCAAGGAUCCUUUUUCCUUGAGCUUGCAGGGAUCGAGAGAGACAGACAGUCAGCGGCCCUGAUGUUAGUGAUGCAGACUCCAGGAGAAGGGGGCAUGCUUGCAGAUAGAGGAAGUGAGCCCCUCUUCCAUGUUCCACCCCCACCAUCCUCCUGGGACCCCAGCCUGCAUGCCCCCCUAAAAGUUGCUUUUGCACUGAUUCAGUGAAUAUACAAGCAAAGGCCUAAUUGAAGACCUGUGAAUGGAGUGUACGGUCCUCAGUUCCCAGCUGAGGGGCCCCUCGGGCUCCCCAUAUUCCCCUCAGCCUCCCCAUCUUCCAGCAGGGGUGUGGAGUGCAUCCAUGGCCACGAGUAUUGAUCUGUCCCUCCCAGCCUGUACAUUGCCCCGAGGCAGUUCUGAGUGGAUGAUGUGCAGUUGGAUUCCUCAGCUCAUUUACAUGGUUGAUGUUACAGCUACUGCUUUUACUGCCACAACUCCCAGGCCCAACCUGGCUUAAUGUCUUAAGUUUUAAGCAAAAAAAGAUGGGGAGCCAGAGCUUUGUGGCAGGGCUGGAGGUUGUGGUGCACUUUAGUUUUGUGGCAGGAUGAAGGCUGCAGUGGUUUUAUUAAUCAUGAUUGGCCUGGCCAUAGCUCCAGGCUGAGAGGGACAGGUUUGUCAGUGGUGGUCCCCCAGAUGUCGCUGUGGCCAGCCCUGGCCUGUCUGUCCUCAGGCCCAGCAGGAGGCGCUGCCACAGGCUCUGACUGGUGUCCCUACUCCCUGUACCCCAGAUGGACAUAACCCUGGGGUCUACAGUUGGAAUAUAUCAUUCUCCCCAUUUUAACCUGAGCUGCCUGACACAAGGAGGGUGGGGUGGGUAAAGGGCCUGGGGAACCAGGGUUGAAUCAUGGAUCCUGGGGAAAGGUUACAGACACAGGAGGGGUUGUCACCUCUCUGUAGAGCCCUACUGCUUGCCACACAGCACCUUCUGCAGAGACUAGCUCUGAGGGUGGCAGGGGACCCCACAGGCCAUGGCUGCUCCUCUCUGCACCUGUCUGUGCCUGCUGUGGGAGCCUGGACUGAGGGGGGAGAUUGCUACCCUGUGAGCCUGAGGGAGCCUGUCUGGCUGUGACCUCUAUGUGGUGCUUUGCAGAGAGCUGCUUAUGGGUACGAGACAUCUUGUUUCAGAGGGAAUGGGCAUGAGCUGGCAAGUGAAGCACCCCCACAGCUUAUCAGGAACUUUUUCUCAUUUUUAAACCAUCAUGUCUUCAUUUCACAUUGGAAUAAAGUGAGGUUUUGAAACCUGCUGCCCCAGUCUCUGGAUUGUAAGGGCUGUUGUCAGACAGGUUACUAGGAGAGGAAUAUGUAUAAAUUAGGUCAAACUCAAGGUUAUGCUUAUAAUGUUACCUGAGUGGGAGGUAAGAGGGUGGAGUCACAGGCACUCAGCUGGCAUUUACCUGGCCCAGUCACUAGACUCUUGGGAUUGUGGCACAGGUGAACAUCCCCUGUCAUUGGAGAAAAAAGGCUGGAGUGAAGGCCGGGUGGGGGAGGGGUGCUAGGCUGUGGAGUCAGGCCCUGGGCAUGCUGGACCUGGUAGGUCACUGAACAUCUGACUGGACACCUGCCUCUGUCCCUUCAGUUGAGGUACGAUUGGCAGCACUCCCCAGAAGGCAUGCAGUGCUGGGAGAGUGGAGGAGGGUCUGACGUUUGCCAUCCUGUGGUAGGUUUUACAGCUAACUAGAUGCUUAUGGAGAGCUAAUGACAUGGGAAGAAGGCAGCCUACCUUGAUGGACUAGAGGGAUAGAGCCUGCGAUGUGAGAAGUGGGUGUGUGGAGGUGGCCUGUCUACAAGAGGGCAAGUUUAAGGCUCACUGCAGUGGCACUAUCUCAGCUCGCUGCAGCUGGUGGCUGCUGCCAGGCCAUCCCCCUCCAGAGCAGGGAGGCUGUCAGCUUCAUGUAUAAUUGAAUACCUUUUGGGAUGCUUGCAUAGUCCUUUAUUUCUUGGAAAUUCAGAAAAGAAAAAAAAAAUACAAUUCUCAUGUCUGUUAGUUUCCCUGAGCCAACUGGAAAAAAGAUGUCUCUGACACCAAGAUUUUAAGUGACACCCAAGGGAAGCCACCAUUACCUUGGCCAUUGAAGCCUCCUGCAUGCUCCCCAAAACCCCCAGCAGUUUCCUCUGCAGUCCCACAGUUAUGUCCUGAGCAGUGGGGUACCGUGUGAUGAGAGAGGUGCUAAGGGAUGGGAUGAGGGUCUUUCCUGUGUUGUUAGAACGGUUAAAAAGUUGUUUUAACGGUGUCCAAAUGCCCUCCUUCUUAUACUUAAUUAGCUAAUAAGAUGCCUUAUACAAGCAAAACCAGGUACAGGAAAGCAAGUGCAUUUCAAGUCCCAGCUCACCCCUUAAAUUAGCUGUAAUACCCUCAGCAGGCGGCCCCCCACCUCGAUGAGCCUGUCUCCCAUUCAAAAAACAGAGAAUGAGGGGGCGGGGCCUGGAACUUUACCCAAUCAGUGGCGUUGGAGUGGAAAUCGUCCAAUCGGGAGCAGCCGGAGAGCAGGGGCUGCUUCCGGGAUUUGGCGGGGGCCUUUGUUGGCUGCAGUAAGAGCUCGGGUCCCUUCACCUGGUCUCCGGAGUCCCUCCAUCUGGGAGGCCCAGGCGGCUUCGCGUUCUGAGAAUAGACAGAGCCUCUGUUGCUCUGUGACCUGCAGGCACUGGGAGAUCCGUAGCUAAGACGCCAGGACAUCCCGGAAGCUGGGAAAUGGUGAAUGUGCCAGGUCGGGGGUCGCCAGAAGAGGGAGAGGGGCGGUCGAAAGCGGCGGGAACCCGCUUUGGGGGCACUCGGGCCUCCCCGAGGUCAGUUCCGGCGUCUGGGCCCCGAGUCCCCGCGGGCGCAACUCGGCCCUUGGUCCCCUCCGUCGCAAGAUGGCGGCCGGGCCGGCAGCCUGUACCCCGCGCGUCCCGUCCCGUCUCGACCCCGCAGGGCGACCUCGGCCCUGGCCGGAGCUGUUUCUGGGCCGCCACAGCCCGCGUCUCCCCAGAUUGUGCGGGACUGUUGACAUUCAGGGAUGUGGCCAUAGAAUUCUCUCGGGAGGAGUGGGAACACCUGGAUUCAAGUCAGAAGCUUUUAUAUGGGGAUGUGAUGUUAGAGAACUACAGAAACCUGGUAUCUCUCGGUCUCGCUGUCUGUAAGCCGGACCUGAUCACCUUUUUGGAGCAAAGGAAAGAGCCCUGGAAUGUGAAGAGUGAGGAGACAGUAGCCAUCCAGCCAGAAAUCUUUUCUCAUGAUACUCAAGUCCUCUUAAGAAAGAAGCUUAUAGAAGCAUCAUUCCAAAAAGUGAUAUUGGAUGGAUAUGGGAGCUGUGGCCCUCAGAAUUUAAACUUAAGGAAAGAGUGGGAAAGUGAGGGCAAAAUAAUCCUAUGGUGAAAAAAAUCAACACAGAGCUAAUAUCUGCUUGAGAAAAAGGACCAAAGACAAGUGAAUUUUCUGAGGGUGAUGAAAGUAUUGCUUCGAAAAGGGGUGAAGUUUAUACAGGUCUAUUUAUUUGUCUAACAUGUACAGUUAAGGUUUAUGCCUUGCAAUGUAUGUACAUCUUCACAAAAAAAAUCUUAAAAAAAUUAAGUGGGUGGGGGUAGGGAAAGGAUUGAAGUAUAGAUGAAGCAGAAGUGGUACAUGAUUAGUAGUUGAAGCUGGAGGCAGGUCUAUAUAUUUUAUUUUUAUGUCUUUAAUAGCAUUUGUAUAAAUGCACAACAUUAAUUUACAAUGUUAGCUCAGGAUCUUGUUUACCUUUGGACAGGGAGGGAGGGAGAAAUUUAUUUUCUGGGCAGGAGUAAAGCUGGUUCUAUUCCUCAGUUAUGUAAAUUAUCUGUUAUAAUCCAAAAAGCUUUACAUGUAUGUUUCUGUAUGUAAUGUUGUAUAUCAAUAAAAAAUUAAAUAUUACAUAUUUGCACCAAAAUCCUAACUCACUAUCUCAGAAUAUUGGCAGUGUUUUCUUUUGUCAUAAUAUGGAACACAAUCUCAUGGCAUUAGCAGAUGGGUUUGAAUAUUCUAAAGUAUCAAUGUCCUAAUCUUAUGGACACCUCUUGGGUCUUUCCAUUUUUGCCUUCAUUUGGUAAGUGGCAUGGUUUUGAUUUUUUGAGAUGAAACUUUUUCCCAGCAAAGUUUUCCCCCACAGUGAUGCUCUGAAAGCCAGGACACCUAGCACAGGACCCUGGGCAUACUAUGCACUCAGUACAUGUGGAGCAUGUUGAUCAGGAACAAAAGGAGUAGCAAAGGUCAGUUCCUGCAAAGGUGAGUAGAUAAUACAGGUAUGACUGAAAGGCUGCAACUCAGGAGUAAGCAUUUUACAUUAAUUCAACAGACAAUUUGCAACUAGUACACCAAAAAAUUUUGGCUGAAAGCAGUACUUUGGGGGCUUGGCUAAAUUCUGUAAUCACCUGGAGAACUUUAAAUAAUACUGGUGUCUGGGCCUUACUCCAGGGAUUUUGAUUUUAUUGGUCUGUUGCAAUUUGGGUUUUGGGAAUUGUAGGGCCUCCGCAUGUGACUGUAAUGUGGAGCCAGGGGUGAGACCCACUGUUUCAGGGUGAGGGAUGCAUUAGCUGUGUGUGAUUUCCAUGUGUGCUGCAGGUAUGUGCCCUGUGAACAUUCCUUCAUUUGGAGUCUUGGAAAUUGCGGCAGGAAGAAGUGUCUCUCUACAGAUCUAUUUUUUAUGUCACUUGCUUUUAGAGUAAGAGGUUAUUGCAGGCACAGUAAUUUGAUUUAAUUUGUUUUCAAAGCAUAAAUAACCUGAAAAUACUAAAAUGAAAAGAAUUUGCAAACGUGAGAAUUUGCAAACAUGUGGAGUGUGUUCUUAUGUGCUUUCCAAUUUCUCUGAUGAUAAGAAAUGAGUAAUGUUGGCCCUUGAUUUCCUAAGCUCAGCCCUUAGACACUUUCUCAAAUUAUUUGAAGACCUUCCAAGUUGCUUCAGAAGCAUUGUCCAAGGAGAUUAUUCCCAAUAGUGAAGAAUAAUAGAUGGAUGAGAAUGUCUAAGGAAUCCUACUUCUGUCGCAAAAGUGGCACUCUCCAGAACCUCAAGGGCCCAUGGAGUUCAUGGGCUUUGGAGUCAGGCAGAGUUGACCCUGAGUCCCAUCCCAGCCUCUUAAUAGACUAGUUACUUGACUUGGAACAGUUAUGCAAGACAAAGCAUAAUGAUACUGAUUGCAGUAAUGGGAACAAUUCAUUCCUCUCUGUAUCCAUGCCCAUUGCAAUGCAUGUUUUUAGCUACUCCCAUGGAGGGAAAGAUUCUGUUUAUCCAGUCCUUGAAUCUGACUGGCCUUAUUUGCUGUGGCCAAUUCAUACUCAUUGUUCUGGUGAAACAAUUAGGCAUGUUUUGCUCCUCGUUAUAGUCUUUAAAAUGAUACUUUAUGAAAUUGUAUUUCUACUGUAUUUGGCUGUAUUCAUUCUGCUCAAUAUUCUAAUUCACUAGUCCUCUUAUCAUCUCUGUUUAAUUUAGUGGUGAACCUAUACAUUGUCUAGUAACUUAAUUUUGUAUUAUUCAUAUUCUAUUGGGCUGUUGUUCAAAUGUGGCUUUUAAACUUUAGUUAUUUGUUCUUUCCACAAAAAUAAACACUGAUUUUCUACUUUUCAUUAUAUUCAUUUAAACAUUUUAAAUAUAAUUCCAAUGUGCAAAGCUGUUGCAUAUUUUUUCUUCAGACAUUUCUUCCUUAUUAUAUCACUCAGUUUUUCCUUUGGUUCUCACUUUUGGGAGAUAACAUAUUUGGGGUGUCUAUAGUCAUAUUGUUUCCAGUGUUUCUUUCAUUUUCCCUGGGAACAAGAUGAAAAACAUGCAUAGAUUUGACAUCUUUGUGAUGAGUCAGUAUCUGAAGGGAGCAUUUUUUUCUCAGUUUGAAUACUCUGAAUCAUUAUCUUGAUUUACUUCUGCUCCUGUGAGGUUCUUAUAUUUUCCUUUAACUCCAUUCAGCAACUUAAAGGUUCUUGUAACUUCUUGAGGAUUUUUUUAGUUGUCUAUAUUAAAAUAUUUAAUAAUAUCUAGCAUUUUCCUAAAAGCAUAUUCACAGUGUACAUGAGUAAAAUAUUUCAGUAGACAUUGUGCAGCAUACAGCAGAAUCUUAUGAGAUAUCCCAUUUCUUCAUUCAGAAUAUUCCUCUCGAAUAUACCAGGUGGUAAUAGUAAUUUGUAAACAGUAGUUUUUUGAUACUUAAAAAUUUGUUUUUUGCACGUUUCUGAAACUAUAUACUUCAUGCCAAUGAACAGAACUGAUCUAGAUACAGCCAGAAUUACUGUUUAUAAUAUUAAAAUAAUAUUGAUAAAAUUAUUUACCCGAAUUCAGGUCUUUUGGCUUUAAUCACUCUGCUUCCUUUUUAGCAUGUUUCUGAAUUUACAAAAGAAUCUGUCUGGAUUUCUACUUGUUCUAUAAACUAAAAGAGACAAGGGAAAUUUAUGUGUGGCUAGAUAGUACUUGUUGUUUACAAUUUAUAAUUUCUGGUGUCAUUUUAGUUGCCUUGAAAAUAGUGACCUCUUGAAUUUCUGCUAUCAUAAAAUUCAUGUCAUUGUUAGGCCUACACUUUGUCAUUCAGUUUUUUUCACCUCUGGUACUAGAAUAUAAUGUGUAUCUUCUCUUUACUGGUGAAAAAUGCUACGCAUUUUUCUCUACCUAAUUAGUGAAACUAUAUUUAGCAUGUUUAUGUUCAUUUAGUUACUGUAUACCAAAACAUUUUAUUUCUGUGAUGGUCUUAAUUUUACCUAACAGGAUUGUAAAUGGCUUAGUUUGUCAUUUUUCAUGAAUUUCUGUAUUAUACAUUUCCGGUAUUAAGUCCAUAUGUAAUUGGCUUAGAAUAAUCCCUAACACAUUGUAGGGGCUACUACAUACUAACCACUCUGCUUCCUCAAAUUUCUAUUUGUUCAUACCAUUCUUCAUUUACUAAAUUAUUUUGUGUAUGUUAUUCACAUUUAUUUUUCCAUCCUCUCUAAAUAUUUAUUAAAAAGAGGAGGUAGGCUAAUGUGUCAUGCAAUAGAGUAAGCAGAGUCAGUAACAGUAUUCAUGGGCUGAGCAGAAAAGGUCUCCAGGGCCAGUAUUAUGGCUCCAACCUCAGCUCUCUGAGUACUAGUAAAUUCAGAAUGAGUUAGGGAAUUAUGCGGUCUCCACCAAAUAGCCACUUUUCCAUUUUUACCAGAGCCAUUAGUAAAAAGCGUUGAAGUGUUAGUUAUGGGGGAGUGAACUACUUUUCUAGGCACAACUACUGGAGUAUGAGAUAAGAACUGAAGUAGGCUGGGCGCGGUGGCUCACGCUUGUAAUCCCAGCACUUUGGGUGGCCGAGGCGGGCGGAUCACGAGGUCAGGAGAUCGAGACCACAUUGAAAUCCCGUCUCUACUAAAAAUACAAAAAAAUUAGCCAGGCAUGGUGGUGGGUGCCUGUAGUCCUAGCUACUCGGAGAGGCUGAGGCGGGAGAAUGGCGUGAACCCGGGAGGUGGAGCUUGCAGUGAGCUGAGAGAGCGCCACUGCACUCCAGCCUGGGCGACAGAGCAAGACUCCGUCUCGAAAAAAAGAAAAAAAAAAAAAGAACUGAAGUAGUUUGUCAGUAGGAAGGGCAUGCUCUAUAUGACCUGCAUAAUCAGAGAGUGCUGUCUGAAGAUCUAGAGAUGGGGGUAGUACUCCUUCGAAUUGCUUUUUACUCAAAGGAAUUCUUAUGACAUCAGGGUCAUAACCUAGCAACUGAUUGCAUAAUCUGUGGCAUGUAUAGUUGACUUUACUAACUAGCUGGAUAUAGAGAGAUAGUGUUUUAGUCCCAGUAUGUGAGCAAAAAAUCCAUUCUAGGAAGCAUAGCCCUGGGGCUAUCCUGUUGGGGAAUGUUUAGUAGGAAAAACAAACAAUUUAACUGAAUGUUGUGGGUCUGUGCAAUCUAGUUGCCUCUGAGAAAUAGCUUGCUCUAUUUCCUCGAUUUCCCUUUUUGCUGCAGGAGUUAAAUACCUGGGAGAGUCUAGGGCUGUGUUGCCCUUUAGGAUAGAAAACAGGUUUUGUAACUUAUCAGUGGUUAUGCUCAAGGUGGGACGAAGCCAAUUAAUAUCACCCAGUAAUUUUUGAUAAUCAUUUAAGGUGUGUAAGUUGCUAGUAUUUAAUUUAACCUUUUGAGGUCUUACUGACUGGGAAGUUAGUAUGUAUCCAAGAUAUUUCCAAGGAGAAGACAAUUGUGCCUUUUCAGGGAUUAAACCUCUUAACUGUGUAUUCUUUACGACAGAGGCAUAUAAACUUAAAAGGACUGGCUCCGUUGGGGCUGCUAGUAAAAUGUCAUCCAUAAAAUGAAUAACCUUGCAACUAGGAAAUUUGUUUCUACUGGAGAGCAAAGCCCAAUUUACAUGAUACUGACACAGGGUAGGACUGUUCAGCAUUCCUUGAGGAAGUACUUUCCAAUGAAAU